CUCGGUCCCUUGCUCCGGAGGAGGAGGAGGAGAAGGUGGAGGAGGAGGAGGAGGAGGAGCUGUGCGCCCGGGAAUCCAGGGCAGGGGAGCCGCCGCCGUCGGAGCUGGGCCCGGCGAGAACGGAGCGGAGCCGAGGGCUCCGGAGCAGCCGCGGCUUCCAGCCCCCGGGGGACACGCACAACCCAGCCCGGCCGAAGCCCGUGAAGCCCUAGCUGCUGCCGCAGAGCGCAGAGCCCCGUGGUCUCCUUCCUCCUGGGGAGCUAAGCUGGGCGCCGCGGAGCGGUCCCAGCCCCAGCCCCAGGUCGGAAGAGCCGAGAGCUCCGAGAAGAGGCGAAGCCCAGCAUGCUGCCGGAGGAUGCCUGAGGCUGGCCGGCCUGCAAGCGGGCGGCUUCCCGGGCCCUCCCGGAGCCUACUCGGAGGAAUGGUGACCGCGGGCUGCAUCUUGGUCUUCUACCUGGCUGUGGCCGUGAACAGUGCCGGUGCAGGUCCGGGUCCGGGGCUGGUCAUCUCUCACCUGGAACCUCGCCCUGCCAGAAGAGCCACAGAGCCGUUGAGGAGUGAGCCCAGAGGUCAGGAGGAGUUGGUCUUCUCAAGCGGGGAGAGCAUCGAGCUGGGGUGCGAGGCCCAAGACUCGUCCAUGCUGUCCUGGUUCAAGGACGGCGUGGCCAUCUUCCCCACCAACAGGACCCACAUUGGGCCCGACCUGCUGAAGAUUAUCAAUGUGUCUUACGACGACUCUGGCGUCUACACCUGCCAGCAGAAGCAUUCCAGUGAGGUUCUCUGCAACUUUACCAUCCGAGUGACCGAGUCUCCAUCUUCUGGUGAUGAUGAAGACGAUGAAGAUGAAGGAGAAGAUGCAGCUGUGCCAGAGCAACCAGCGGAGCCUGACCUUCCUCACCUGCCUCUCCAUGGUGCUCCAUACUGGACCCGGCCUGAGCGAAUGGAUAAGAAACUCCUCGCUGUCCCAGCUGCAAACACGGUUCGCUUCCGGUGUCCAGCUGCGGGCAACCCCACCCCCUCCAUCUACUGGCUGAAGAAUGGCAGAGAGUUCAAAGGAGAACAUCGGAUUGGGGGGAUUAAGUUGAGACACCAGCAGUGGAGUCUGGUCAUGGAGAGCGUGGUGCCCUCGGACCGAGGGAACUACACCUGCGUGGUGGAGAAUAAGUACGGGAGCAUACAACAGACCUACACACUGGACGUGCUGGAGAGAUCCCCACAUCGGCCCAUUCUGCAGGCCGGCCUCCCGGCCAACCAGACCGUGGUCGUGGGGAGCAACGUGGAAUUCCACUGUAAGGUGUACAGUGAUGCCCAGCCCCACAUUCAGUGGCUGAAACACGUGGAGGUGAACGGCAGCAAGUAUGGCCCAGAUGGGACCCCCUACGUCACCGUCCUCAAGUCAUGGGUCAGCAGUACCAUUGAAGCAGACGCUAGCCUGAAUCUGUUCAAUGUGACAGAGCAGGAUGAAGGAGAGUACCUUUGUAGAGCCAACAAUUUCGUAGGCAUAGCCGAAAAGCCAUUUUGGCUCCACAUUCGCAAAUCCAGACCAGCCGAAGAAAUGGUUGAAGUGGAUGACUCAGGCAGCAUCUUUGCCGGCCUCCUCAGUUACGGGCUUGGAUUUUGUCUCUUCAUCGUGGUGGUGGCCGUAGCCGUCGCCAUCUGUCGGCUGAAGAUGCCCUCCAAGAAGGCCAUCAACACCCCCACUGUCCAGAAGGUGUCCAAGUUCCCGCUCAAGCGACAGGUAACAGUGUCCCUGGAGUCGAAUUCGUCCAUGAAUUCCAACACCCCCCUGGUGAGAAUCGCCCGCCUCUCCUCCAGCGAGGGGCCCAUGCUAGCCAACGUGUCUGAGCUGGAGCUCCCCGCCGACCCCAAGUGGGAGCUGUGCAGAUCUCGUCUCACCCUGGGGAAACCUCUCGGCGAAGGCUGUUUCGGCCAGGUGGUCAUGGCGGAAGCCAUCGGCAUCGAUAAGGACAAGCCCAACAAGCCUGUCACCGUAGCUGUGAAGAUGCUGAAAGAUGAUGCCACAGACAAGGACCUGUCUGACUUGGUCUCCGAGAUGGAGAUGAUGAAGAUGAUCGGAAAACACAAAAACAUCAUUAACUUGCUGGGAGCCUGCACGCAGGAUGGUCCCCUUUAUGUCCUGGUGGAAUAUGCAUCCAAGGGGAACCUUCGAGAGUACCUGCGGGCCCGGAGACCCCCGGGGAUGGACUAUUCCUUCGAUACCUGUAAGCUUCCUGAAGAACAGCUGACCUUCAAGGACCUGGUGUCCUGUGCGUACCAGGUGGCCCGAGGCAUGGAGUACCUGGCAUCUCAGAAGUGCAUUCACCGGGACCUGGCUGCCCGGAACGUGCUAGUAACGGAAGAUAGCGUGAUGAAGAUCGCAGACUUCGGCCUGGCCAGGGACGUGCACAACAUUGACUACUACAAGAAAACCACCAAUGGGCGGCUGCCUGUGAAGUGGAUGGCUCCGGAAGCCCUGUUUGAUCGGGUGUACACUCAUCAGAGCGAUGUCUGGUCUUUUGGUGUCCUGCUUUGGGAGAUCUUUACUCUUGGAGGUUCCCCCUACCCUGGGAUUCCCGUGGAGGAGCUCUUCAAGCUGUUAAAAGAGGGCCACCGGAUGGACAAACCGGCCAACUGCACCCAUGAUCUGUACAUGAUCAUGCGUGAGUGCUGGCAUGCGGUCCCCUCCCAGAGACCCACCUUCAAGCAACUGGUUGAAGACUUAGAUCGCGUCCUCACAGUCACAUCAACAGAUGAGUACCUGGACUUGUCUGUUCCCUUUGAACAAUACUCCCCCACCUGCCAGGACAGCCACAGCACCUGCUCUUCCGGAGAUGACUCUGUGUUUGCCCACGACCUGCUGCCCGAGGAGCCCUGCCUCCCCAAAGGUCCGAAAUGUAACGGCCCCCUCAGGACGUGAUAGCCUCCCCGACCUGGCCCCGGGACCUGUGGGGAGCUGAGCUCGUCCAGAGUGGAGGCCUGCAAGCCUGGAACCAGAGGGGACUAGACCAUCCAGGACGAUGGGGUCUGGACCCAGGCUGAGGAGAACCUCCUGGCCCACUGAAACUUUGUUUUCCCCCGAUCAUUUUUGCUGUAGAAAGAAGCCAAGAAGCACUGUAUGGCCUGAAGGAAGAAAAGUCUCUUGCCAAGAUGAUUAUAUGAUAGUAUAUAUAUAUAUAUAUAGAAUUUUAUAUAUAUUAUAUAUAUAUUGGAAAAUAGAAUGUUCAGUCUAGCGGUUGUGAGCUCUCACCCUUCCCCCCCCCCCCCACCAAGGAAAAGGGAUAGACACAAAGUCGCCAUUCUGUGCUACGAUGUGGAGAAGACUUUUUUAAGGGUUCUGGGAUAGGGAGGUAUGUGGGGAAAACAGGGGAAAGGCAGUGCGGUACAGUGGUCAGAGAGCCUGGGUUCGAUCCCCAUCUCUACCACUGCACUUCCUGAGCCCUCCUGGACAAGUCUCUACCUCUCUGGGCCCAUUUCCUCCACCAGGAAAUGAGGAGGUUGGACAAGGUCAUCUCCUGUGAUCUAGAGAAGGGUUGGAAGAGGAAGGAAGGUGGGGUGGAGUUGUAGUUGUUGGGGGUUUUUUCUUUCCAUAAUGAAUGUAGAGAGAUUGCCUUUAUGCAGUCCACCUGGGGACCAUUGGGAUGGGAGCAGAUUCCAUGUCCCCUCAGGGGACUGGGUGCAGGUGUAGUCCCACCUAUGGGAUGGUGACUCCGGGUUUGAGAAAAAGCAUCGUGUACAAAGAUGGAGGAUAAGAGAGGCUUUGGGCCUCAAAGGAACAGUCAGGAGCCGUGGGUUAUGAUGCUAGUGGCCUUCUCCCAGUUAACAAAAGUCUGGCCAGUAGGGAAGAGGAAGAGAUCAGCAGUCCCACUUGAGUCGAGGGGCAGCCAAGAUAAAGGCCAUCUAUCUCUUACUUAAGCUCUUCAAGCUUCAUACCCCAGCUCUGGUCGUGAUUAGGACAAAGAGGGAGGAGGAAGUAGGAAACAUUUCAGGCAUUGUAGAGGGAGUGAGUAGGCCUCUGGAGCAGGAGCAGGGGACAGGGGCAAGGGUUUCCUGUUGGAGUGUCAGGACAGUGUUGGAAGUGGAGUAAGGGUCAAGCACCAUAUUUCCUCAGUGAGUAACUAAGUUUGGAGCCAGAGUCAAGAGAGGUAGGGUAGUACAGUGAAAGAGACCCUGGGCUUGGAGGGAUUAGGAAAUCUGAAUCAAAGCCCAGCUCUACCAUUCACUACGUGUGUAGUGGGAUCUUGAACAAGUUUCUUCCCCUCCUCUGUAAUGGCAGAAACAGCAAUCUCUCAGAUACCUCUAAAUCCCAUGAUCCUCUAAGUCACCUUCUCUUUCUGGGCCUCCUGUUCUGUUCAGUUGCUUUGGGGGGAACUAGGAUUCCUGCCUCAGGGGUGUGACUGGUUGAUUGGUUGGUUGGUUGGUUGGUUUGGAGCUGGGGCAUUUUUGUCUUCUGUAUUAAAGAGAAGCAUGUGGGGUGUCAGCUCUCCCCAUCUCCUUCCCCCAUCCCAUGAAGAUUUGAAAUUACGGGUACCUGAAGGCAGGAGCCUUUAAUUUAUAUCAAAAAAGGUUUAUUCCAGACAAUUGUGUAUAUACAUAUAAAUAGAUGCUGUGUGUGUGUGUGUGUGUGUGUGUGUGUGUGUGUGUACAUAAAAUAUAUAUAUGGAGAGUGUACAAUAGUGGUCCACCUUAAGCAAGAUGGAUGGAAGGCCCUCAGAAGUAAACGUUACAAUAUCAAAUACCGGACCUUUGGGGUGGGGGUGGGGGGCAACAAGAAGAAGAAAGAAGGAAAAAAAAAAGAAAUUGCAUUUUUUGUUGUUACUGUUCCAUAUUGUCACAGUUUUGUUUUAAAAAUUGUAUUUUAACCUGUAUAUUUGUAAAGUUAUUUAUAGCCUGCUGAAGGGACUCCGUCUGCUUUGUUUAAAAUAGCCUUAGCAUUGCUAUCGACCUAAUUUCCCAGAGUUUUAAGAGUUUUAACUUAUUAACAGCUGCGAAAGUAAGUAUAUGCCUUUGUUUCCAUGUUUACGGGAACCAUCGAGCGAAUGUAUUGCGUGCACAGUCCUGAACAGAUGUCAUGAGAUUGUCUGUGUUGUUUCAGAUUCUGAUUUUUCUCUGGAUUGCAGUGAGGUGUUUUUGGUUUAUUUUUGCAACAAUGCAGUUAAGCAAGAACCCCCAGAGCCAGCCUUCAGGAGGGAGGGUGUGCCUAGAUUUUGUUUGAGGAAACUGAGGCUGGUGGGAUUCAGUGUGGCUUGAAGUGCCUGGGCUGGGCAGGGCUUUCUCUGUUCCAUCUCUUUGGGGUGGGGAGGGUGGCCAGGUCAUGCAUCUUCCUUCCAGAUGAAGAUAUUCAUUAUUGUUGGCUUAAAGGCACCCUCAGGAAAGCCCAAAGCUGUUGGCUUCUCUUCCCACUGCGUAAGUUGGGUGUGAAGGGGACAGAGCUCAGCGGGGGUGACCCCAGCCCUUUGACUUACCAGUCCCUAACCCUCCAAACAUCCCUGCAUGGCCUGCAUUUCACAUGUGCCCACGGCAUCCCACCAUCCCCAGGGAGGUAGCCAGAGAGGGCCCCUGCUUUCAGCAAACUGCACACUCAGUGAGGAGACAGAUAGGUUAGUGUUGGGAACCUGGCUUUAAGCUUUCUGGAUGAUACAAGAAGCAUUUCUGAGUGUGUCCUCCCUCACCACCCAACUAGUUCCUUCAUGAUGAAGCAAAGGACACAGAGUCCUGGUCUGUGACUAUGUACUCUGUCCUUCCUUUUUUCAGAAUUUCCUGGAAACUAAAGUCUAAAAAAAAAAUUAUAGUUUCAAGAUGAUGCCAGGAAGCAGGUUUCUUUUUUUAUUUUUAAUUUGGGGUCUGUUUUGCAGAGGAAGUAGAUUUCUAUAGGGGGGGCCAUUUGGUUUGGUUUUGUUCGGGAAACUUUAAACGGGAGAGAAAAAAACGGUAUUUUCCUACAAAUGUCUUCUAAUCAUGUACAUUCCGCAGACGGACAGAGUGUGACGUCCAGCACCAGAGGAGAAUGUACAAUCGUGCGCAUGGUUUCAAAUGUUAUUAGAUAUUAUAAAUAUAUAUAUAUAAUUUAUUGAGUUUUUACAAGAUUGUAUUUGUUACUGUAGACUUAACAUUUCUUAUGCAAUGCUUAUAUAGUUUUAUAGCCGGGACUGUUACCUUUAAAAAGCUUGGAAGACAAGUGCCGUAAAUCAAUUUCUCCACUGUUAUAUAGUUGGCAGAUUUGGGAUGGCUUACUCGCUGUAGGCGAUUCCACGUUUAUUUUAGACGCGCAGUACCCAUCCGUGGCUGCUGUCGGAGGCGUCAGAACACUAAACACAGCAGACUCUGCUUUUCUUAACCUGGCAAACUUUAACUUUUACCAAAAAAUAAAAUAAAAUAAAAAUUGGUUUAAGCUUCA